ACACUGUCCCCCCAAUCACCUGAAGCGAAAGCCCCACGGACGUGCUUUCCAAAGCAAACUGCCUAGCGAACGAGUCUCGUCUCUGCUGCUGCCUAUUUGUUUGUGCUCCACCGCCGCCUCCCAUCAACGAUCGUCCCCCGCACCUCCCGCGACCGCGUGCUCGUAUCGAACAAAGAGUGGAAAAUUUUCGAGUCGGCAGAAAACCCUUCUGCCCCUUCUGUGCCGUGAAAGCAAGGAAUACGGGCCGGGACUAGCAAAAACCCGCCGCGGCCCCCACCGAAUCGGAUCUAAUCAAUCCCCACCUGGACUGGAUGGGUGUGCAGCGUAGUAUGCCAGUGAGCUGUGGCAACAAGGACUGCCUGGGUCUUCGCAAACGAGUCUGUGGCCUGCACCAAACCUGGAAGUGGCUGCAUCAAACGCCCGCCCUUCACGAGUAUCUGAUCUCCGCCAGCUCCGUAGCUGCAAACAAAAACGCCUCAGUCUAAAGUCCAGCGCAGAGACCAAAGCCAUCUAAACCAAAACGAAUACAAUAGCAAAUACAAAUACUACCGUAGAACAUAAAGACACCCGAACCUAAAACAACA